UAGUAGUAGAAGAAGAGCGCGGCACAUGGCAGUCUGUCAGAGGGUUUAUUUUGGAUCAUGGCUCAAACAGACUCAGCAAAAGCGGCUGUCCCGUCCUAUUUAAAAGAGGCGCAGAUGAUUAAACAGGGCGCUGAGGCUCGGGUCUAUCGAAGCACAUUUUUGGGUCGCUCUGUGAUUAUUAAGGAGAGAUUUCCCAAGUUAUACCGCCAUCCGGAAGUGGAUGAGAAACUGACGCGCCGCAGAACAACACAGGAGGUGCGCUCCAUACUGCGCUGCAGGAGAGCCGGCAUCAGCGCACCGGUUGUGUAUUUUGUGGACUACGCCACACACUGCAUCUUCCUGCAGGACGUGGUGAACUCUGUGUCAGUGCGAGACCACAUCAGAUCGCAGCCGGACGGUCUGCAGACUCUGGCGGAGCGCAUCGGUGAAGUUCUGGCUCAGAUGCACGAUGAAGACGUCAUUCACGGAGAUCUGACCACCUCCAACAUGCUGCUGACCAGCGGAGGACAACAGCAAGACUUCAACCUGGUGCUCAUCGACUUCGGCUUGAGCUACAUCUCCGCUCUUCCUGAGGAUAAAGGAGUGGAUCUGUACGUCUUGGAGAAAGCUUUUCUCAGCACUCACCCCAAAACUGAGGCUUUAUUCGAGAGGCUUCUGAAGAGCUACAGCAGUGCCUCUAAGAAGUCCACUGCGGUCAUCAAGAAACUGGACGAAGUUCGGCUGAGAGGACGCAAGAGGUCAAUGGUGGGAUAGCAGUAAAGUGGUUUCAAUCAUUCAGGCUUAAAGGAUUCGUUCAUUUGCUGAAUAAAAAUUUCCACCAUCGAAGACUCUGUUUCCCAACCCUGUUCCCGAAGGCACAGCAACAGAACAUUUUUGAUCUCAACCUAAUCAAACACACCUGAAUCAACUCAUCAGAAGAUUAGAAAAGACCCCAAAAACCUGGAGUUAAUGGGUCAGAUAAGGGAGACAUGGAAAAUAUGUACUGUUGGUGUGCCUCCAGGAACAGGGUUGGGAAACACUGAUCUAAGAUAACUGGUCAAACUAAAAUUAAAAAGUACUCACUAUUUUUACUCAAAAAAAUAAGUUUGCUGUUUGUUCAAACUACUUAUUUCGCUGAAACUACACAAUUCUCAAGUGAUUUUUUGGGACAACUUCAUUUGCGUCCUGAAUAAAAAUGUUCAUCGUCAUCUAAGACAGUGUUUCCCAACCCUGUUCCUGGAGACACACCAACAGUACAUAUUUUGGAUGUCUCCCUUAUCUGAAACAUUAACUUCAGAAGGUUUUAUGCAAGUACGAGUAAAUAGUGCUGAAUGUAGAUUUUUGAGUGAGCAAUAGGUUUAAUUUCUUUUCAGCUAAAAAAAAUAAUGAAAUUAACAUCUUUGAUGCCUGGAGUAACGAACUUAAAACAUAUUUUGGAUGUGAACUAAUCCCUGCAGUUUGAUGUUGGACAUUUAUAAAGGUGUAUUUCUUUAUUGUAAUGAAUUUCGAUUUCUAACAUGUUGGUUAAACAGUGUUUUUGUGCUCAUUUUAGUGUUUCUUCUGAAUGGAAGUCGAGUUAAACUAAAUGUAGUUUAAAAUAAACUGUUGAACCCUAUUAACAUGCAUGAGAUGUAUUUCUCGCUGCAUAUGCAACCAAUAAAGAACUGGCUUCAGAA